AUGGGGGAUGAUCUUCUAGACUUCGUCAUCAACCAUGUGUUCAUGCCUCCCAAGUUGCCCCAAGAGGCGGAUGAGAGUCCGGAGCGCAUAGAUUUUCUUUUGUCAACUAUUCGCAAGAGCAUGAAGCUUUACAGACAGCAGCAUGCUGCGCCUGAGCACCAAGCAUUGUGGGAUUCAUUAUUGAAAAUGGUGGGUACAUUGCGACGAAUCAACAUAGACCCGAGGUUGGAAUCAGCGAAUGCAUCAAAAGAAGGAGCACUGGAGGUAAUGUCACUAGAUACAAGCUGGAGCCGAACAGUGGGAGUAAUAUCUCUGGAUGCAGAUACAAUCGCCAUUUUUGUCCAUGCUCAAAACGCGGGUGUGAUCAUCCGUUGUGGUGAGGAGGAAACAAUUUUCGAAAUUUUCGAAGCAUCAGCGAUGAAUACAGCCGUGAUGCGCUGCACAGGGAAGCUUAUCCGCUCCUUUCCUGGACCUGCAAUUGCCCUUCGAAACAAUGUUAUGCAGGAUCCGGAUUUUCUAGAAGAAUUGGCCGCAUUCCUAACCCAGAUGUACGGGGGCCAACGUGAGGAUGAGGGCAUGGUGGACGGUGAUCAACUGCUGGACGAGGACAUAGUAGAUAACGAUUAUUUGCAAGAUGAGGACACAAUGAAUGGUGAUCAGCUGCGGGAAGAGGGCACUAUGGACGGCGAUCCACCGCUGGAUGAAGACACAAUGGACAGCGAUCCAUGGGAACGCGAGAACGGCACAUUCGCAUUCGCACCCCGAUGGCGAUGGCGUUCCACGAAUAGGCGCACAACCCAUCCGAAGUACAUCACUGAAUUGCUGACCGGGAUACUCCGUGGACUAGGAGAGCCUGCCGACAUUCCUCGCAUCCAGAAGAGGACAUCGGACGAUGUUUUGCAGCAUGCGGAUGAUAUUGUCCCAUGGAGGCGCAGCUCCCUCUGGCUCGUUGUCCGUGUUGCCUUGCAAACUACGAUUCACCGAGGCACUUCGAACAUGAACGAAUACAAGUCUUUUAUGAUACUCUUUCUGGCCAAGAUUCUGCGGAGCGGUGUUGAGAACCGCUUACCGGGACAUAUCCUCUAUUGCAUGCGUGCCAAACUCAGCCGCCGACUCUUUAAAAUCCGAUCAUGGGCAGCUCCGUCUCUGGUCACACUUGCCCACGAGGUUGCGCUUGAUACUGAAGAACUGCUCCAAGAUCGAUGGAAGAGCAUUCAGGAUGCGCACGUGCGGGCAGCCAAGUGGGCACCAAACGAGCUAGAUGUUAUUGGGGACACUAGCCUCAACUUGAAAAAUUGCAGGUCUUACAUCAGUGCUGCUCUCGUCCCGGGGAUUCCCGCCGAUCCUAAUGCUGCAUUCCAAUCACAUCAUCCACGAUUAUUCAAUAAUCUCUUUGACGACGAACCCGGGGUUUUUUCGGCAGCAGUAAAAGCCAAUGGAUUUGUUGCGCUUUGGGAUUUUGAGCGUUGCGUAAAAAAUCACAUUGACGAAUGGGUAUCUCAGCAAAUCUCCGACCACAACUGCGAAAGUGCUUGCGACUUAAUUUCUCAUUACAUGACGACAUACGCCGAUGAGGCCGGGGAUUUGUACAAAGGGGCACCAGCGGAACAGUCCAUUAUGCUCCUCACGCUUUUUGAGUUGUGGAUGGCACUCGACAUUUUGGCAGCGACUAUCUGUCCCCUCUUGAAGGAUUAUUCGCCUGAGGUUCCACUGACUCUAUAUGAGGGCCUCCUGCUUUCGAAAGCCGAACCGUUGGAACGCAUCUCGAGGAUCCAGGCGUACCUGCGCAAGCGGUAUCACGAAGCUGGCAGUGACCCUCGGUCGGUCUUCUCAGAAGUUGUCGACGCGGAAACCUUCGCAGUCAGAUUUUUCGAUUCGUCCCCGUCGCUCCAGGAUCUUAAGAGCACCAUAGAGCAGCAAGCGAUGAUGAGUCAACAACUUCGCGAGCUUCACUUGCUGAAGUUUGAAUAUAAGAAAAUAAUGAAACAAGCAGGUACUGAAUAUUGGGAAAUAAUGAAACGAGCAGGCUCCCACACUGUGGAUCGCAUGAGGUCCUGGCACCACCCAGAAUCUUGCGAAGAAUGCCGUUUCAAAUGGCGGGCAAGAGCCCUGAGGACAGUUAUUCGCGAAUGGCCCCUUCCACAAAAACCAGUACGAGCCAAAAUCAUUGUGUUUGAACGAGCAGUUCCUAGGGUUUUCAAGACUUGGAGGGAGACGACUUAUUGGCUUCUCCGUGACAUCUGUACGUCGAAGGAAGGAAGGACACUUACCACGGGGGAAUCGUAUAUCCGCUCAGGCUCACGGAAGUCCCUCAUCGGUAAAGAACGUAGCGUCCCAAAUUCUCAACAACGAAUAUCGUUAGCACCGGAGGUGGAAAUCCCAGACAAGGAAGGCGGUGUCUCUCGCACGUAUACAUCUUCCUGUCGGCUGUGGGACAACAACCAUCACAGAUGGAUAUAUCCUCCAUCUGGUUACUGCGAUCUGAGCGACAGAACGUCCAUCCGGAUACCGGAAGAGUCUCCAUAUGCUUCCUUAAAACGCUUCGCGUUGGGAACAUCCCACACCUCGAACGGAGUUCUUGCAAGCCAACAUGAAUGUCCCCCUUCGCUUAGCCUACGCGGGUUCAUCGCCUUUGGUUCGUUGCGCGCUGGAGCCCGGUUGCAAUGGUGCAAUAUUGCCCGAGAGAUUCCCUCCGGAAAUUUACGUUUUCAAUGCGAGGAGGUGUAUGACCUCAUCUCUCAGGCCGUGUGCCAAGUCGGACGCCUUUCCAGCGAUGGCAUUUGGGAAUGUCACCAGGUUUUACAAGAGGUGCCAUUCGGUAAUGUGUUAUUGAACGUCCUUGAACAGCUGGGGACGGAUAUAGAGGGGAACUGGCGUCAGGGUAUCACAGCACUGGGUAUCACUACAGUAGCUUCUCGACUGCUGGUCUCGGCUGUGGCACAGCCGAUCAUCAACAGAACGUACAAACUACUCCAGAAGAUACGAGACACCACUUUGCGCUGGUUGCACGAACUUCUGGCACUUCAAUCACACGCUGGAACUGAAACUGAACAGGGGAGAUAUCGGCGAGCAAUAUGUCAAAUAGCUGCGGUUUGUAGGAGCUCAUUUGAUGUCGAUGCGUGCCAUGCUGGCGAACUCCUUCGAACUCCGGAAGAUGUUGCCAUAUUCAUUGAAUGUGCUAUCAUCCUUUGUAGCCACUGUCCCCAAGAAACCCUCACUAAGGCAGACCCUCAUUUGCAUCGGUUACUUCUCCGAGACAAGCGCCUGUCCUGCAGGAUGGAAGAACUUCUUGUUACCCGCAUCCAGGAAAGGGGGACCAUGCUAGGUAUUAACGGGGCAAUAUCAGCUGUUUGGAGUGGUAUCGAUCCGGCAUGUUGCUGGGCAAGGCUACCAAGGCCUAACGACCGUUGGUUGACCACUACCGUAGAUGGUCAAAGGACACAAAACGUUCAUUUCAACGUAUUAAGUGGCGCUUUGCUCAUUGAUGGAAAACCGCCUGGUUGGUUGCCAUCUGACAUUCGUGGGCAUUCGAUAUACAAAGAACUCUUUGGUGCAAGAAGCCCGGAAGUUGUUCCAUCGGAUAUGGAAGACAUGGACUAUGUUAGCAAGGCUCAUAUGUUCUACGAGUCUCAGUUCGAAACCAAGGAUACUGACGAGACAAUUCACUUUGGGUGGCGAGAUGGAAGGCCCAUUCUACGAACCAGAUCCCCUGCGCUUGAUGGGAAGAACUAUCGGGUCUUGGAAUUAUUACCACGUGAAAUCUUUCAAGGGGAUCUACCGUCUAUCCUGGUGACGGAAUAUUUUCAUUGGAUGGAGUUAUCUACUUGUCAGAUUGAGCUGCGGCCUAAGAAGGCACCCUGGACAUCCUCCCAAUCAAACUGGCACCUCCGUCGCACUGCAUGCUCCACAUGGGUCAUGGAUAAAGGGACCUCUGUCAGGCUCGUUGACUGUCAAAGCCGCACAGGGGAGAUGAUUCGUGCUAUCCUUCAUCCACUUGAACCUGAAGAUAACAUUCUUAUCACAAUGGAAAGGUCGUCAAUGCAAGAAUUGCGCAUCGAUCUUCCCCGAAUCCAGCUCUCCUUCGUCCUGAAGGGUGGAAAGCUUCAUUCAUCGAACUUUCCGGGUUUCGAAGUAGAUAGUAAUCAAUCAACAGGCACAAUGCUGGGCCUCCGCAGUCAGUUGGUUUUGCGCCGCAGGGGAGAUAUCGCUCCUGGCGUGGAGCUUAAUUAUUCGAGGCGCGUCAUAAUCCCGACCGGGGAUGUGUCUAUCGCAAGUGACGGAGACCACGUCACGGUAACGAUUAAUAAUUCGGGAUCGUUGCACGUCAAAUAUUGUGAUUAUGACGUUGAUGUCUUACUGGGUCGUCUGGUUGGAGAUGGGAGCUUGUUCAGCACAUUAUUCCAGUCACUUCUUCAUGCCGUUACUAGUUACUGCUUACCUGACCCUCUAACGUCGUUGCCAGGAGUCGAGGAAGCGAUCCAAAUCCUUCGAUCAGCACGUUGCAAAUCGUUCCAAAGUCUUGGUGACUGGGAGCGGCAGCUUCUGCGUUGGCUAUCGGCGUUAACGCCAUCAAGGAUUCGGGAACCGCCCGAUGAACCGCCCGAUGAGUGGCCCGAUAAACGGCGUCGGGAAUGGGGACGGGAACGGGAACGGAGGCGGAGGCAGCAUUUAGAUCGGCUUUGGGAGGGUGGUAUUGGAGAAGCCGUUUGGAAUAAAGCACUUAGUCCGCUUGUCCAACACGGUGCCUUUUGGGAUGAGGCCCAAUCUAUUUUCAAAUGGGUUGAUGAAAUGCGUGUCUUUGACCCUUCCAUGGGUAUUGGAGAAUCGGAACGCAAUUGGAGAGAACUACACCUGCUUUCCCGUGCUAGAUGUCACAAUGCAGUCUGGUACGGCCCUGAUGUUCCAUGGGGCAUGCGGGGUGUAGACGUGAUAUAUAAAUCCAGGGACGAACCCAGGGACGUGGUACGUAAAUCUUGGGACGCAGACAAAGGACUCGAUACCACCCGUAUUCGUGCCGCAUCGAAUGCCUCUAGCUUGGUGUACCAUUGUCCUCUUCGGCUAAAGACCCCCAAAGCCCUUUUGUCUCACAUGGAAUCGUGGACGGAGAACAUUAGAGGUUCUUCCCCCAACCACUUGUCGGAUGUGCGUUUGGGAUUUAGCAAGGAAUGGCUGUCCCUGAGCAUGCCACGCAAAUGGAUUCCUUUGUACAAUGCCUGUCGAACGGAGGGUUGGGGAAACCAUACUCGUUUCAAACUGUUGUUUAGUCUUUCGGCGCUGGGCUACUCUACUGAUCGAUACGAGGAUUUGGUCCCUGUCUUACUUGCAUUCGCACGCUACCCCGAGUUUCGUUCCAUUGAUCCGCCGUUGUGGCCUGAAUACAAUUUGCGCAUGGGCUACAAACCAAAUGCACCCCAACUCUAUGACAUCAUCAUGGCACCGAUCCGUCCAGGCACAUUGAGUCGCCGAGCAUCUUCUCAAGUUUCUUUUCUUGUCAAAAAAUUAAUCGCUCAAUGGGAUCAUGAACCUACAGGAGCGCCAACAUUACCAAGUCUGCCGGAUGGCGAUGUGUGGCUGAUCAACAUCUCUGACGCCAUGGUCAAUGUGACUAAGUCGUUUGAACAGUGGUUUAGAAACUGGGAAUUACGCCAGCACAUUCUGGCAGUCCAGACAAUAUUGGACAAACACCAGACUUGGACUUCAGAUGCUCCGGUUCCACCGAUAUAUUCGUUUUCAACCUCCUUGCAACUUGCAAAAGUGAAUCCGUCCAUUGUAUCAUACAGUAACGUCUUUCUCCGACAACCUCCGAUUCUUGCGCGUACACCUUCCCCUCUGAAAACGAAAAGAUGGUUGACCAUCAAACCGUCCUCGGAACGCAAUAGCCUCAAAGCUCUCAUUUCAACUCUCCGUUCAUCCCACGAACCGAUAUCCCAGAAAUAUGCGGUUAAUCUCGAGGCUAGCUACAAUGCAUUGCAUGAUGACAUACAGAUCAGCGUGGAGCAAGUAGAAUCCCUCCGAGAAGAGCUUCACCGCGAUCACCAGAUGUACCAAUCCCACCUCUCUCAUGUGUUAGGGAAAAUUCGACGGGCACUCAAUCCAGACCCUCAGUCCGAGCGAGUACAGGAGGUUAUCCGGGUUGCAGGACUAUGGCCGAAGAGCACCACCCGUUCGUUGCUGCACCACCUAUCAUUCUCAUCCCGUUCAACAACUAAAUUAUCCCCCGAAUGGAAGAAUGCUCUCAUCCACCUCGCCCAGUCCAUACUGCUUUGGCAGCGAUCGGAGAGAUUGGUGAGAUUAGGACCCAAAACCGACGAAUUUCUGAAGGAAUGUUCGAGUUAUCCUGAUCUGCAUGACAUCUCUGACGACUGGCUGCUCGUCCAGAUUGACUCCAACUUUCUUGCACGCCCUCUUCAAGUUGAUGUUGCACAUAACAUGAUGGUUCCUCGCUCACAGGAUAAUACCAUCCUUCAGCUCAAUAUGGGGGAGGGGAAAUCGUCCGUUAUCGUUCCGCUUAUUGCCAUAUCUCUAGCAGAUGGACAAAAACUAGUCAGAAUCGUCGUGCCAAAGCCCUUAGCAAAUCAAACAUUCCAGUCACUGGUUCGACGCUUGAGUGGCUUAGCGAAUCGGCGAAUAUAUUGUUUGCCGUUUUCCCGUGCUAUCGCAACGGAUUCGGAUGUUUUUCGAAAAAUCUAUCAUGAAUGCAUGGAUACUGGUGGCAUACUGGUUAUGCAGCCUGAACAUGUCCUGUCGUUCAAACUCACGGGUUUGGAACGACAGCUCUCAUCGGCCAGGCGCAAGGGAAUUCCGACUCCAAAUGCACUGCUGGAGCUGCAGCGAUGGCUGGAUGCAAAUGUUAGGGACAUUUUGGACGAGAGUGACGAGAUUCUGGCGGUCAAGUGCCGACUUGUGUAUACAAUUGGCGCUCAGCAGCCCCUAGGUCCUCAGCCUGUCAGAUGGACUACGGUGCAGCAUGUGUUUUCCAUCCUGCGUAGUAGGGGCGGGCUUCUUGAUCAGCUGGCUUCUCAAGGGGGUCUCGAGCUCGAGAAACGAGACGGAUACUUCCCUCGACUUCGUAUCCUCAGACAUGAAGCUGGCGUCCAAAUUUUGAAAUCUCUUUUACAAGGAAUAAUGCAAGGGGAGUCUCCUGAUCUACCUCCGUUCAGGCUAUUUCAUGGAGGGGUGCGACGAGAAGCAGAGGCUUUCAUCGCCCAAAGGGACCCUGGAACACUUCCUGAAUUGCGAAAUUACUGUCGCAGUGACAACCAUCUAUGGAGCAUUUUGCUCCUGUUGAGAGGCCUUUUUGCGCAUGGGAUACUUAUGUACGUUCUCAGUGGACGUAGGUGGCGAGUAGACUAUGGGCUUGACCUAACGCGGUCGCUUCUCGCGGUGCCCUAUCGUGCAAAGGAUGUGCCUGCACUGAGAGCAGAGUUCAGUCACCCGGACGUCUGCAUCUCUCUGACAUACCUCAGCUACUACUAUGGCGGAUUAUCUUACGAUCAGCUUGAUAUAUGCUUCAAGCAUAUCAACGAACUAGAAGACCCUGUAGCGGAAUAUUGCAGGUGGAUUAAGGACAAUUGCUUGGUACCAGACUUCCUCCACAAUUACAGUAGUUUCAACCCGGAUGACCGCGAACAAAAGAUCCAGCAUCUCUAUCCAGCUUUCGAAAGGAACCCAUCGACGAUUAACUUCUUCCUCUGUCAGGUUGUUUUUCCGAAGGAAGCCAAGACAUUUCCUCAAAAACUCUCCACAUCGGGUUGGGACAUUGCCGAACGAAGGCAACACAUAACGACGGGUUUCAGUGGCACCAAUGACAACCGCUAUCUUCUCCCCACUUCUAUUCAACAGGAUGACAUCCCUGCGCAAUUGGGUACAAAUGCUAAGGUGUUGAAUUUGAUGCUGCAGCCUGAGAACGAUCACUACCAAAGCGUGGUCAGUAGCGAGUUUCUGGACGUCAUCGUCAGGGAAACACCCCAAAUUCGAGUUUUGUUGGAUGUGGGUGCCCAGAUGUUGGAAUUCUCCAAUAAGGAAUUAGCAUCGAUAUGGCUUUCGCAAGUCUUGGCAGUAGAUAUAGAUGCUGCGAUCUUCUUCUCCGAAGAUGACGAACUCUUCGUUAUCAGGCGUGAUGGGGCAACGGAACCAUUCAUCUCUUCGUCGUACAGACACCAGCUUGAUCGUUGCCUCGUGUACUUGGACGAUUCCCACACAAGAGGCACUGACUUGAAAUUGCCUGCCAAUUAUCGUGCGGCAGUUACAUUAGGUCCGAAAGUGACAAAGGAUAGACUAGUUCAAGGUGAGCCUUCCUAUUCCUAUGAGGAUAUGAUCGAAUCAGCAGGUAUGUCUUCAGGAUGUAUGCGAAUGCGCAGGUUGGGUAGGGGGCAAUCUGUCCUUUUUCUCGCCCCUCCUGAUGUGGAUCGCAAAAUCCGCAAGUUCUCUAAAAAGAUCCAUGGAGAACGAAUCGGUGUAUAUGACGUUCUUUCCUGGUCCAUCAGGGAGACAUGUGCCGGCCUACGGCGUUAUAGUUGUGACUGGAGAGAGCAAGGCAUUCAUUACAUCAAUAGGCAAUGCGCAUGGGAAGAAUUUUGGACAUCCUCCAUCCCUCGCACCUCAGUGUUAGCAAAAUGGGAAGAGUUUUGGACAUCCUUCAUCCCCCGCACCUCAGUGUUAGAAAAAUAUUGGUUGAGACCCGAGUUGAAGUCUCUCGAGGAAAUGUAUGGGGCACCAUCGUCCUCCAGGCCACUGGAACAGGAAUUGUCUCAUCCUGCAGCCGAUUGUCGUGAGAUCAAGCAGAGGAGUGAGAAUUUCUCAUCCUCUACGGAGAGUUGGCUGGUGAAAAUGGCAGAAGAGCAGGAACGCGAAGUAACCCACGAGCCUAGGCGUGAGCCGGAGGUCGAGUCACCACCAUCUUUACGGCCUGCCCGCCAUCGCCUCCAUCCUGAUGUCGUAUCAUUCGUGCGCGAUGGUCAAAUCCCACCAUUUUCUCGUGCUUUCAUCUCUCUCUUUUCUUCAGUCACAAUCCUUCCUCGGUAUCAGCAAGACACCAAGUGGUCACGCAACCUUCUUGCAACCAACGACUUCAUCACCACAAUCAAGGGUUCGAAUGCACGGAAAGGCAUCGAGUUUCUUCGGCCCGUGAACUGGAUACUAUCUAGUAUUCACGGACCGGAGCUCGUGGUGAGCAGUCCUUUUGAGGUGAACGAGUUGCUCCCGGAAAUCCGCCGCAGCUGCAACAUCAGGUUGCACGUGUACUCUCCAAGAACGAGUCAGCCGAUGAGAUCCUUCGAUGAUCUCAAAUUUUAUACAAUCCCAUCUCUACCAACGACGUGGACUUACCCGGAGAGGCUCACAGUCUCGCAGCUCAAUAUAUUCUCAGGCCAAUUAUACAUCAACGACUUCGAAACGUAUCUUGAACUUUGCAAUUUUCUGGGAAUCAACACCAGUCAUGAUGGGAGGAACGAAGUAGAAACACAAAUUGAUGGUUUUGUCCUACCCAAGAAGCGUACUCGGGAAAUGAGUUUAGCCUGCCCCUUUGAUAUCACUCCUCUGCCUUUCAUCCGCAAGCUAACAAGCCUCCGGAGGAAGGGAACGUCCUAUGCCUCUACUCAUCUUGGACGAAUUGUUAAUGGAGCAUUCAUACAGCCAGAGGAGUUUUGA